CUUUCUCUCUGUCUCUCUCUCUCUCUCUCUCUCUCUACUCGUUCUUCCUAACAAACCCACUUCUCACCCCCCCCCCUCUACCCAAUUUCGAUCCAAUCCCAUUUCUUCUUUCCUUUCCUUUCUCAUCUUAGUUCUGGUUCCAUCCCCAUCCCGUCCAUUUCCUCUCUUAUCCUUUCCCUGUCUGUCAUUCCUUUUUUUCCCUCCCGCACGCUUCCCUGUAUUGAACCUCUUCUCUCCCUUUCUCUAUCUCUCCAUUAAAAAAUAACAUCGUCGCUAUUCACCAUUUUCCCGGUCUUCUUUCCUUUUUCCGAACCCACCCUCCCCUUUCCGUACCCUUUUCCAACGCUGUCUUCGUCGUCAAUUCUCGCCUGGUCCAAGUCCUUGGCUCCCACUUGCCAAGCUGACUCGGACCUAGGUACUUAGGCUCCCUUGUCCAUGCCACGUUCAUCGGCUACGGCUAGGAAGAGUCAUAGCAAUCGGCAGGAGAAUGGUCUUGUCGGUCCCGGAAAGAAAGUGAACAAGCAAAAGUCGAAUGGAAAUUUGAAUGGGACCUCGACCAGCGCCUCGAAUCCGACUUCCGGUCCUUCCACGCAGGUCGACUGGCAACCGUCCCGCUCGUCCAGUGACUCGGUCUUGACCUCCACGGCCGCAACGACAAGCAAGGCCAACGGAAACGUCGAUUCUUCGAAGGCGGAGGGCAACGGACGCGGUCAACUGAAUGGAUACGCAAAAGGCAACGCGGAUAUGUCAUAUGGUCAGACGAAUGGUGCCGCGCCGCCGAAUGGCGGACUCGCAGCCCAGGCGUCGCGUCGGACGGACAAGUCGGUGACCGGUACGAAGAGGUCGGCCUCCAGUGCGUCGAUCAAUCCCCUGCAACUGGCGUCCACGAUCCUCAAGUCCUGUCCGAUGUACGACACGAUCGCAAUUCUGAUCUUUCUUCUUCAACUUCCGCCUAUGGUUCUCACUCUGGUUCAAUUCUUGUUCGCCUCCCUAACUUUCAUGCCUCCGGGCGGCGCGUCCUCCGGCUCCCUGACAUCCAACUUUGACAUCUUCCAGGGACCUGCCGGAACGCCGUCGCUGGGUACGAUGAUUGCGAUGGAUGGGUUUUGUCUGCUGUUUUGGGGUCUCUUCAUGUGGACCUGGGCGCAGAAUUUCGCUCUGGAUUUAGCUCACGUGCAAGUCGCCAUCACCCUUGGCGGAGGAGGCUCCGGGAAAAACGGAGGGGUCAAUGCGCUCUGUGUUGGCAUCGUUCUCGUAUUACAUCUUCUCCGCAGCAAAGGUAUACAGGAUUUCGUCAUCGGUCAUCUGCUCUCGGCAAAAUUUGUCAGUCCCGAUCUUCUCUCGCAAUAUUCUUAUCUCAUGCCCACCGAAUUCCGGCGCACUGAACCGCAAAGUUCUCCGAGCUGGAUUCGGAGUCUACUUGCGGUGCAUAUUCUGGCGCAAGCGGGUACUGCUAUGGCGAGACGGUCGAUGGCCAAGAACCGGUCUCCAGUCCCCCCCCGGAACGGCAAACGCGUGGACACCGAAGCGUCCGCCGGAUCGCAAACCCAAAUCGAUUCUGCAUUCGAGUCUGGGGCCAGUGUCUCGUCGUACAUUGGUGCCGACGGUCAGAUUGUCACGCCAGCCACUCACAAGGAUGGUCGGGAUAGACUGAUAUCAGCAAAGAAACGCAGGAGGCAGGCAAAUCAGGUCCGGAACCGGCAGCCUUUCUGGGCCGCACUCGCAAGCACGAAAGUGACGGUCAUGAGGGAAUAUGAGCAUUCAAGGGCUUUAUCGAAAACUGGCAGAGGUCUCGCGAUGACGGAAGAGGAUUUACAGGGAGUGUCUCUGGAUGACGGUCUUGUUUGGAUAACCGAGAUCGAUAGCUCCACCAUCAAGUUCGCAGCGGGCGAUCUUGCUUCGCCCGAUGAUUCUUCGGUUUCGGGAGCUUGUGAAGCGGGACGUCUUGGAAGUGAAGAAACGGAACCAUUCUACGUCUGUGUCAAUGGCGCACUGUGGGCGACUGCAGUGAUCAACAAGGUGCAGGAAUCGUCUAAGGGGUCGAACGCGGUGCACUGGCGGGGCGAAAUCUCCGGUCUCGCCCCGAACUGUGCCUACACCUGUUCUUUCAUGCGGAGCGAUACGGACGAGGAGAUUUGUGUCAUGAGCGUCAAGACUCCUACCGCUGAUGACACAGAACAAGUAUCUUCGGUCUCAGCUCCUCCGCAGCCAACCUAUCGCCCGUCUUCCCCGACCACCACACUUAAGAACUCGAUCGUCAACGCCGAAGUCAAGUUGAAUGAGAAGCGCUCUCGACUGAGAAAGGCCAAAAACGACCACAAGCUCGCAAUCUCGAAGAUCAGGAAAGAGUUGGACAACUAUAAUCAUCGGCUUCAAAGCGGUACGGAUGAGAACCGGCAGAAACAACGCUCGCUACAGCUCGAACGGAAUAUCAAGCAAACCGAAGAGGCCACCGCAGCACUUGAAAGCCAGCUGGACAGCUUGGAGAACGUUCCGGAGGAGGAGCUCGAGGAAUGGACAAGCCAGAAGGCCAAAUUUGACAAAGAGUUGGAACAGCUCAACUUGGCCAAGGAGGAACUCGUUGCUGCGCGAGCCGCGAUUCAUCGUGAGGAGUCAUCUCUUGAGACCGAGCUGAAUUCCGCUGUUCAACGGAAAGAACGUCUCCAAGGCCGCCGUACUCGCGUCAAUGAACAGUACGAGCGCAUCGUUUCUGCCAAUGCACAGGGUCUCAAUGAGAGGGAACGUCGUGCCGCUGAACAAUUUGCGAGGGAACAGGAUCAGGCGAAGUUGGAGGUCAGCUUUAACGAGCAAUUUUCCAGCAUCGGUCAGUCUGUGCAGGAGUAUCAAUUGCGCACCAAUCAAUUGUGGCAGCAAGCUGCUGCUAUUGAACAAGCCAUCCAACAGCAGCAACAGCAGCAGAUGCUAUUGGAUCCUGCUCCACCUACUCCGGAGGGAAACCUGCCGGGCACGAACUCUCUCACUGAAGCACCCAGUCUGUCUCUGGCCGCUUUAACGGCUGCUCCCAGCACCCGAUCGAUCCUGGGACUCAGCUUCCCACCGUUAAAGUCUAGCCCACUCCAACAGACAUCGUCCCCUGUGGGUGAUUCGUCGUCUCAUCCGACUAGCCCGAUUCAAGCUCCGUCCUACCUUGCGCACUUCCCGACAUCUCCACUCGGCCAUAGCGGUACCUACUUCGAUGCGGACUUUACCUCGCGGGACCGCUCAUUCUCCAACCGAUCCGCACGAAGCAGCCUGUAUGGGUCUGACUUCUUGGACAACCACACUCGUCGACCUCCUUAUCAGUUCGACCUGUCCGAUUCGGUCGCCGACAAGCGGAGCAAUUCUGGCUCAGACGGAAACGCUCAAAGUGCGGGUAUCAGGUCCAUCUCUAGUCCGUUCCAGCGGGCUGGUAGUCGGGGCAGCGGCAGCGGAAGCGGUGGCAGUGGCAGCAGCGGCAGCGGCAGUGGUAGUCCCAGCUCGACUGGCAAGGGCAAUUAGGUCCUGAGUUUAAGGCCGGAGUUUCCUGCUCUGGAUCUUGCCCUCCGGACUUGGCUAGCGCGGAGUUCCUGUUUCCAUGUUUGUUGAUCUUCAGACGUGAUGCUCCAGGUUGAGUGGCGAUCGCAUGUCUUCGGUUUCAGUGGACCGACGGGUUAGUUGAGCCUGGAGCUGUGGUGGCUUGUUGAUCUGGUUCUUAUCACCGACCUAUGAACAAAUAAAACCGUGUC